GAAGUCCAAGUAAUUUUGGCCCCCUUUCCCUCUGAAAGCCACAAUCCCUCUCUGUUUCUCAAUUCUGUUGUUGUUGUUGGUGUAGUGAAUUGCGAAAUGCAAAUGGGUUAUGUUUUUUGUACUUUCUCACUCAGCUUAUCAUCCCUUGAAAAAUUCUAAUUUCUGAUUAUAUCAUCUAUAUAAAUAUAUAUUUAACUUUUUUGAAAAAUCCCUGGAUACGUUGUGAAGCUCUGUGUGUGUGUGUGUGUGUGCGUGUUUUUUAUACGGCCAUGGACGGAGGUGCACAGUACAACCCUCGAACAGUGGAGGAGGUUUUCAGGGAUUUCAAGGGUCGCCGAGCCGGCAUGAUCAAAGCCCUCACUACUGAUGUCGAAGAAUUCUACCAGCAAUGCGAUCCUGAAAAAGAAAAUCUUUGUCUGUAUGGGUUCCCUAGUGAGCAAUGGGAAGUUAAUUUACCUGCUGAAGAGGUGCCUCCAGAGCUCCCAGAGCCUGCGUUAGGCAUUAACUUUGCCAGGGAUGGGAUGCAAGAGAAAGACUGGUUGGCUCUAGUUGCUGUUCACAGUGAUGCUUGGUUACUUGCUGUGGCGUUCUAUUUUGGUGCUAGAUUUGGUUUUGAUAAAGCUGACAGGAAACGCCUCUUCAAUAUGAUAAAUGAUCUGCCAACAAUAUUUGAGGUUGUGACUGGGAGCAUAAAGAAACAAGUAAAGGACAAGUCAUCAGUAUCAAACCAUAGCAGCAACAAACCCAAGUCAAAUUCAAAGGGGCUAGGUUCUGAAUCCCAGGUCAAAUAUGUGAAGGCAAAGGAUGAGGAUGACGGAUUGGAUGAAGAAGACGAGGAGGAGCAUGGGGACACCUUGUGCGGGGCAUGUGGAGAGAACUAUGCUUCAGAUGAGUUCUGGAUCUGCUGUGAUAUAUGUGAGAGGUGGUUUCAUGGCAAGUGUGUGAAGAUCACUCCGGCAAGGGCUGAGCACAUCAAGCAGUACAAGUGCCCAUCGUGCAGCGGCAACAAGAGAGCGCGACCUUGACUUGACAUCCCUUUUGGCUCCGUGGGCACUUCUCAUAUCUUGUGUACGUCUGUCUCUUCUCAUCUCGAACUCAACUAACUGUUUUGUUGGUCAGCUUUCCUUUCUUGCUAUGUCAGGAAGGUCUAUGUAUUCAGUAUCAUGGUGUUGUCAAUCUAGUUUAUUAUGAAAGUAUCUCCUUUUGUUUUCUACUCAAUUUGAUUCUCAAUUGGGAUAUACACAAUUUUUCUGUUGUGGGAGCCUGGUUUUUUAUGAAAAACAUUUUAAUUCUUGAUUUAGGAAA